GGGAGAGGGCGUGACAGGGAUGUGAGAUGGAUGUGAGCGGGUGGCUUGGGCAGCGCUGUGAUUCAGUACCGAGUGGAAACGUGGUCGUUGUCCUGCCGUCGGGGCAGGUGCAGAAACAACGGCAGAGGAGACGACGCGACCGAGGGAGCAGCGAGGCGGUGGGUUAGCCGGUGGGUUAGCCGGUGGGUUAGCCGGUCGGUUAGCCGGUGGGUUAGCCGGUGGGUUAGCCGGUGGGUUAGCCGGUCGGUUAGCCGGUCGGUUAGCCGGUGGGUUAGCCGGUGCGAGGAGUGGUCGUGGAAAGUGCAGUCCUGGAGUUACGGGGGUGGAGGUGUGGAUGGAGAUCUGACAUGUGUUCGGCGUGGAGCUGCUCUGGUCAUUUCCUUGAAGGAACUCCACAGUGAUUGGCUGCGGAGAAGGAGGUGUGGCUGUGGCGACAGACAGAGCUGCACCGUCAGCACAAGGUUUAAAGUCCUCCAUCUCCAUAUCUCUUCAUGUCUGAUGCCUGAGGACGACCAGGAGCUGCAGCCGCUCACCUCCUCCUGUCUCCUGGCUAGAGGGAGGACCGUGGACCCCGAGGCAUGGAGGAACAGCUGCCCCAUCCCGUCAACCUGCACUGCACCUGUUGUGUCAAAAUACCCCGAGGAGGCAAGGUGGAAAAGACUCUGUUUUACAAAACAGGACUCUUUCACUCAUAUCACUGAGGAUCUACAGAUGGCACUCAUCUGGGACGUUGUCAUGACGGAUCAGCCUGACUCUUUUAUGGUUUUCUGUGACGACCACUGCGCUGUGUCACCAUGGCAACCUGGGGAUGUUUACCACAUGGAAGACAACAGGUCAACCAAUAGGAUCACUGGUUACAACAUCAACCAUACCAGCGAUUCAUCAGAUGAUUUAAAAAACUCCAAUCUUAGUCUGCAGGAGGAGAUCUCCACAGAGGACGCUAAUGCUAACGCUAACCUGAAAAGUCUUCUGAAACCUCGCAGAGACCACACGGUUCCCUCCCAGACACCAUCAUGGGGGCUCAGAGAAGACGGCGCUAAUGCUAAUGCUAAUGCUAAUGCUAGCCUGAAAAGUCUUCUGAAACCUCACAGAGACCACACUGUUCCCUCCCAGACACCAUCAUGGGGGCUCAGAGAGGACGAUGCUAAUGCUAACGCUAACCUGAAAAGUCUUCUGAAACCUCGUAGAGACCACACGGUUCCCUCCCAGGCGCCAUCAUGGGGGAUUGGGGAAGGGGUCAAAAGAAAGUCAGUGACCUUUAGUGAUGAGGUCACGCUCUUCCUGUUUGAUCAGGACAGUCCCACCAAGGAGCUGCAGAGAACAUCUUCAGCGUCUCAUGAAAACUCAUCUGAUGAAUAUUUCGACGAACCGCCAGAUCUGCUCUCAGAUGACAGUGGUCUGGAAUGGGAAGAUGAAUUCUCAGUGUCGCACUGGGCCCUCAGGACCAAGGCGAGCCUCCACCAGUAUGAAUCACACACUGGGCCCAGUUCAUCAGCGCAUAGCCAGACUGGGACCGGUGGGUCGAGGUGCCAAAGUUUCCUUCUGCCCCAAACCUGCCUCUUCCUCACCCACGUCUCCGAGUCAGAACUGGAACAGUGAGGCGAAGGGUUGUCUCUGUACCUUGUGAAUGGCGUGUUCGGCACGGCAGCAGACGAGUAGAGGGACUCCCAAAGACUGAACCUGGUCUGAGCUCUGGGCAACUUGCUGAAAAAACAGGACACCGCAAAAAACAAAACGAACGUAUUUAACAAUAAAACACACAGUAAAAACCCUGGUUUCUCCCAGUCUUUCAUGGUAGUACCGAAGCUCAACUGUAAAUCCUCAGGCCAAACAGUCAACAGCACAGGAUUACUGAAGAGCACACAGACAGGCAGCAAACGGGUGGGGUGACCGUCAGCUGACGCACCUUUCUUUAU